CCCUGGGCUGCCGCCGUCUCCGGGCAGAGCUGUACCCGGAGCCGGGUCUGGGUCGAGAGCGUGUGAAUGUCCGCGUGGACGAGGGCCGCGCGGGCCCCGCGCCUCCUACGGCUCGCCUUCGCGUGCUGCUGUGCAUGUUCGCGUCUUGUCACUGUGCGCCGAGAGGCAGGAGGACUCUGAAAAUGAUUCACUUUCGGAGCUCCAGCAUCAAAUCGCUCAACCAGGAGAUGAAAUGCACCAUUCGGCUGCUGGACGACUCGGAGGUCUCCUGCCAUAUCCAGCGGGAGACAAAAGGGCAAUUUCUUAUUGAACACAUCUGCAACUACUACAGCUUGCUGGAGAAGGACUACUUUGGAAUUCGCUAUGUGGACCCAGAGAAGCAAAGGCACUGGCUAGACCCUAACAAGUCCAUCUUCAAGCAAAUGAAAUCUCAUCCACCAUAUACCAUGUGCUUUAGAGUGAAAUUCUACCCACAUGAACCCUUGAAGAUUAAAGAAGAGCUCACAAGAUACCUUUUAUAUUUGCAAAUUAAAAGAGACAUUUUUCAUGGUCGACUGUUGUGCUCCUUUUCUGAUGCUGCCUAUCUGGGUGCUUGUAUCGUUCAAGCUGAGUUUGGUGACUAUUAUCCUGAUGAGCAUCCUGAGAAUUAUAUCAGUGAGUUUGAGAUUUUCCCCAAGCAGUCACAGAAGUUGGAAAGAAAAAUCAUGGAAAUUCAUAACACUGAACUCAGAGGUCAGAGUCCAGCGAUUGCUGAAUUCAACUUACUCCUCAAAGCUCAUACAUUGGAAACUUAUGGGGUGGAUCCUCACCCAUGCAAGGAUUCAAAAGGUGCUACAGCAUUUUUAGGAUUCACUGCUGCAGGCUUUGUGGUAUUCCAGGGAAAUAAGAGAACCCAUGUGAGAAAAUGGCCAGAUGUCUGCAAAUUGAAGUUUGAAGGGAAGACAUUUUAUGUGAUUGGCACCCAGAAGGAGAAAAAUUCUGUCUUGGAAUUCCAUACUUCGACACCAGCUGCCUGCAAGCAUCUAUGGAAAUGUGGGGUAGAAAACCAAGCCUUUUAUAAGUAUGCCAAGUCAAGUCAGAUCAAGACUGUAUCAAGCAGCAAGAUAUUUUUUAAAGGAAGUAGAUUUCGAUAUAGCGGUAAAGUUGCCAAAGAGGUGGUAGAGGCAAGCUCCAAAAUCCAGAGGGAUCCUCCUGAGGUGCACAGAGUCAACAUUACCCAGAGUCGCAGCUCUCACUCCUUGAACAAACAGCUCAUCAUUAACAUGGAGCCUUUGCAGCCCCUGCUUCCUUCCCCCACUGAACAGGAAGAGGAAGUUCCUUUGUUUGAGGGUGCCCCUUUGCCUAAAGCGGAUGUUUCUGAGCCCCUGACUGUCAGCUCACCAGUGAAGAGAGCUCGAGGUGCAGAUGCUCUGAGUGAAGAGGAAGAGCAAGUAAAAGAAGACCCCGUGACCAUCUCUGAACUAGCGUACAGUCCCAGCGCCAGCCUGCUCCCCACCCCAGUGGAUGAUGACGAAAUCGACAUGCUCUUUGACUGUCCGUCUAGGCUCGAAUUGGACAGAGAAGACACGGAUUCAUUUGAGGAGCUGGACGCAGAUGAAAAUGCCUUUCUGAUGGCUGAAGAGGAGGAGCUGAAGGAAGCCCGUCAAGCUUUGUCAUGGAGCUAUUCCAUCCUGACUGGCCGUAUCUGGGUCAACCCCCUGGUCAAGAGUUUCUCCAGGCUCCUUGUGGUGGGCCUGGGACUGCUGCUGUUUGUAUUUCCCCUGCUCCUCCUCCUCUUGGAGUCAGGUAUUGAUCUCUCCUUCUUAUGCGAAAUCCGUCAGACACCAGAGUUUGAGCAGUUUCACUAUGAAUAUUACUGUCCCCUGAAGGAGUGGGUGGCUGGGAAGGUCAACAUUCUCCUCUACAUGCUGGGUUGUUCCUAGGUUCAUAUCUGGAAAGACUAAGGGCUAUCUUCAAUACUAGUGGUAUUAUUUUCAGUACCUGCUAGGUUUUGAUUGGCCUUGAGUUGUCAAAACAUAUUCUUUUCACCUAACUGACUGCUCAAACCUUGAAAUUAGUUUUCAUUAAAUUUAAUUUAAAUCAAAUAUAACUCUUUUAGUUAUCUUUCAGAAAAACAACCUUGAAGUAACAAAGAAAAAAUAUUCUCCUUAUCAUACCAUAAUAUGUAGUACAUUGGAGUUAGGUAUUCCUGUUUCUUUGCUGUGAACUAUAAUGUUCAGAAUUUUAGUAAAAAUACAAGGGAAAUCUUUUUAAUAUAACCUUUGGUGAAAAUAAUAUCCUCUUACUGAUGCCUAUACAAAUAAGUUGAUGCUGGGUUUUUCUUUCAGUUUUUUUUCAAAAAAAUAUUUUUAUGUGUUCUAUUUUGGUAAUUUUUUUAGCAAAAAAAAGCUUUCUGGAGUUAUUUAAGUAUACAUAUUGUACUAAUGCACACGGAAUUUUUUAGUGUUUUGGCACAUGAUUUUUUAAAGAUAUUUUUUGGCUAAUGAAUCCCAUAAUUUAUUACCUGCAUAUGACUUUGAAAAAUGAUAGUAAGAAACUUUAAUAAGUACUCAAAACAGAUGUGAGCAAGGAGAACAUUAAGUUGGCAUUGUGAGGUCUAGUUUUCAAAUUUUUUGACAAGAUAAUCUUAUCAUUUCAUUUGCAUUUUGCCCUUAUAUUUGGGCAGGGGAAGCAGAGUGUUUUUUAAAAAGUUGAAACUACUUGUAAUAGUAAAAUUGUAGAAGAUCCACUAGUUGAUUGUUUAUUGUUUACUAAUCUCUGUGAAAGCAGACAGGAUUUUGGCAAAUAGAAGGUAGGAAAGAAGAGUUCUGGUGAGAUGCCUAGGAAAGCGAUGAUAAGCUUAUGGCUGCCUUUAUGGGAGUGAUGGUGAUACAUGGCACUCAGUGUAAAAGCUGUGCGCUCGCUUUCUGAGUUCACAAGAAUCACAUUCAGUUAAUAAAAGUGGAGACAUUUUAAGGUAAAUUUUUGGGAUACCUCAUGCAUUACAUUGUGAUUCUCUGGAUGAAAUUUCAAGGGUGUGUAUGUGUGUCUAUGUGUGUGUAUGUGUGUGUAUGUGUGUGUAAGAGACAGAGAUAGAGACAGACAGACAGAGGGAAGAGAGAGAAAGGAGAGAGACACAGAGAGAGAGAGAGAGAGAGAGAGAGAGAGAGAGAGAGAGAGAGAGAGAGAGAGAGAGAGAGAGAUUCCCUUUAUGGAUUUCUUUUAGUUCUGAACACUUCUAAUUAAGGCUUCCAUUGAACAUUGAAGUAAACCAUCAACUGACACACCAAUUCUAUUUGGGUGAAGUAGACAAUGAAGUAGAGAAAAACAGACAAAAAAUGAUAAAUCCUGUCACACAUUCCUUCAUAUCAGUGAACACAAGAUAGAAAACAUCUGGUGCUUUCCAUUGCUGGUCACUUACCAACACCGUAUAAUGAGUAAGAAACAAAGGAGUAUGAUGAUUACCACAUAAUUUUUGCCUAUGUUGAAAAUAUCCCAUUGCCUUUGAUUAUGAAGAGAUUGAACACACAAAUUGAGCACUACAGUCAUGCUAACUUAGUGAUGCACUGAAUGUUUUAUUAGAUGAUUAUUUUGAAAGUGAACUUUGAAAGUCAGGUCUUGGGAUUUUUGAGUUAAAUGCAUUAUAAUAUAUACUUGCUAUUGCAUCCAUGAUUUAUAAAGAUAUAGAAAUAUAUUUUCUAUGACUUGGAUAUUAAGCCAUUUUUUGUAAGUUUGCUAUUGAUCAGCAUCUUGACGUUCCAAUUUUUUUCUCUUUUUCUCUCAUAUGACCUUGAAGUCAUACUCUCUGGCAUGAAGAAACUCCAGUGGAGUUGGUAGACAAUUACUCACCCUUUUAAUUGUGCUAUGUAUUUUCUUUGAAUCACUGACCAAGAUAACUCAUCUGACCUUCUUAUUUUAAAAAUAGUACUUACAUGAAAUAGUAUUUUAAAUUGUGGAGAUAGCAUGUCUAUAUUAUAAAAUAUAAAAAGAAAAUAAGACAGCUAUAACAUGUAGUACAUGCAUGCAGAUUUGUAAUGAGGAGCAAGAUGCAGAUAGUUUUAACUUUUACAACUUACAUCACCCUUCUCUUGAGGAAAAAUUCAUUGUGGAGUAGAAAUACUUUUAUGGAAAGACAGAAUAGGGAUUGCUAAAUUAAAACAAUAAUGAUAAAGCCUAGCACUGGGAUCCUAUAAUGUCAUUUAUUUGAUAUAGAAUUAAACCCUUUAAGAAAUAUCCAUUUAUUGUUACAAAGAUUUCAUCAGUUGUUCCAAUCAAAUGAAGGGAUUCUUCAAAGGAUGGCCAGUAUAUAAAAAAUAAGAUUGAGAUCUCAAAACAAGUACAUGAGCAUUUGAAUAUUCUGUAUCAUUGGUAUAUGUGUAUUUAUAAAAGAUAUGUAUGUAUGUGUUUGUAUAGAUUAGCCCACAUGCCUUUCAUACAUACUUGUGCUAAUUUUUCCCCGGUGAGGAAUUUGUGGAAUACUUUUAUUCCUUUCCCUCUCAGAUAUUGUGAUAUGAUUUGUAGAGCCUUAGGUGCUUAAUUAUUUUAUGAAAGUACACUUGUGAAUUCGUGUAUAUACACAGAAAGAAAGAGAGAGAGCAAGUUAAUGUACACACAGUUGUCUUUAGUGCUGAUAUGAGCACUAUAAUGAUAAUGAUGUAGGUAAAGGAUCAUAUAUUUCUGAGCUUGGAACAUAAUGUGUGUUAUGUAUUUACAGUAUAUUUUGUAGUUUGUCUAAUAUUUAUGAUCAUAACUCUGGGAAGAAUUUACAAUGAGUUAAUUUCAUUUAAGUAACAAGAGAUAUGGGGGCUAUAUUACUGUUAUUGAAGCUGUAUCUUUGUAUAGUGGAAUUAGCCUUUCUCUGUCAACAUCCAGAUUGCUUGUCUGUUAAUAUGGUGGCAGGAAUCACUAAUAAAAAAAAACUCUGGGGUAAAA